AUGAUGAGGACUUCCAUUGCCCUGUUCAUCUUUGCUGUUCUAGUUGCUGCAUCUAAACCAGCAUUUGCCAUUCAAUGUCGAACUUGUUCCGCCGUAAAUGUAGAGUGUGCCGGCACCCUCAGGAACUGCAGCUCUGAGCACGACACCUGUGGUUUAAUUUUCACCAAAGCAACACUGUUAGGAAACACAUUGAAGACCACACGAAGAUCAUGUACAACGCGACAGAGCUGUGUUCCUGGGGAUAUAUUUAUGCAUCUUGACAAUGGAUAUCGAGAGACAGGGAGUAGCAUCUGCUGUACCACGGACGAUUGCAACGCAGCAAAUUUUACAGUGCCGGUCUGGAAUGAAACUCUGAAUGGGCAGCAGUGUCCUUCCUGUAGUGUCGAUUACCCCAAUACAUGCAAACAAGAGACCAUCAAUUGCAUGGGAUCGGCAACCGUGUGCUUCACCAGCAUGACUGGUUCCAUCAUUCACCGGGGCUGUGCCACCAGAUCUUUCUGUGCCAAUAGUUUCGGGCUGGUCAUUACUAAAAGUCUUCGCAUAGUCUUGUCUUCUCAAAGCAUAGAAUGUGCAACAGAUGGUGUGCCAGGACUGGGAUCAAGCCGGCUCUACCUCCAAACCUUUGCUGGGUUUCUGAUAGCAAAGGCUUUUUUCUAG